AUGUACGAGAAGGAUAUGCUGCAAGCCCUGAUUGUCCGAAAUGGUCAAGAAAUGCGUAUUCAGGUGCCGACUGUCCCAACAGAGGACCUAGAGACUGACCAUGUGGUCGUGUUCUGUGGUGCUGUGUUGCAGAAACCGCACCAUGCGGUCCGUCAGCAGAUUUCCAAGCUGCACAGCGAAGUCUACGUCAGCGCAAGAAGUCGCGGAUCCCCCUCCUACCAAUACGGCUUGGCCCCAACCAACUUCAUUACCGCCGUAAACGGCAUCCCAACCCCUAACCUGGACCGCUUCUCCGAAGAAGUGAACAAAAUCCCCGACAAUACAUAUUUCCGCCUACGGGCGGUGACCUUCGAUAAUGUGCCGUGGGUAGUGACCAUGAAGAAGAACGAUUAUUACUUCCCCAUGUCCGAGUAUAUCAAAGACCAGUCCCAGCCCCCCGGCUGGCGGACAGUGUCUCACGACAAGGAUAAAUAUAAAGACGGCAUUGCGCCGGAUGCUGCGAACUUGAACCCGGAUGCUAUGGACGAGGGGUUUGACGGUGUCAGUGAUAUUGAGCCGGAUUUCGAGUGA